UUACCUGUUUUGAUGGAGGUUGCCCCACGUUAUUCCUCGCUGCCUGUCGCGUUCCGGUCGCUCCUCCGCGCUCCUCUGCUCCUCUUGACCUUGCCUUUAAUUGUCUGAAACGGCGAUUGGAAUCGAGAGAGUGAGAGAGGAAGGGAGAGAGAGGGGGAGGAAGAGAGUGAGAGAGAGAGAGAGGGGAUAGCACGGCGUCAUCCCGAGGAUGGGAGAUGAGGAGCAGCCGAAAAUGGUUCCCAAAUCCACCUCCUUCAGCAUUAAGAACCUUUUGCUCCCCGAAGAUUUUCAUCAGAACGAGAGCACCCAUAGAAGCGACUUCUCGAGCGGGAAAGGCGGCGAGACCGAGAGCGGGGCAGUCAAAGCUGACUUCAAGUAUCAGGAGCGUCCGGAGACACAGGUCGUCAGCGAGGGGGGCGACCAGAAGAAGGAGGAGAAGAAACAGGGGAAAUAUGACAAGCCGCCCUUUAGUUACAACGCCCUGAUCAUGAUGGCAAUCCGGCAGAGCGCCGAGAAGCGCCUGACACUCAACGGGAUCUACGAGUUCAUCAUGAGGAAUUUCCCCUACUACCGAGAGAACAAGCAAGGCUGGCAGAACUCCAUCCGCCACAACCUCAGCCUCAAUAAGUGUUUCGUCAAAGUGCCCCGGCAUUACGACGACCCUGGCAAGGGGAAUUACUGGAUGCUGGACCCGUCCAGCGACGACGUGUUCAUCGGCGGGACGACGGGCAAACUUCGCCGGAGGUCGGUCACGUCUCGGGGCAAAUUGGCUUUCAAGAGGGGGCUUCGCCUUUCGACGACUGGAUUGGGCUUGGUGGAACGCAGCAACCCCCUGUAUUGGCCGCUGUCACCCUUCCUUUCCUUGCACCAUCCGCACAACACUCUCAAUUACUCCAGCGCCGCCUCCAGUUUUUUGAACCAGGCUCCCAGUUACAGCUCGUUGCUCAGCGGUUGCGGAUCCGGGGUGGAGCAGAUGGCGAGCGCGGAUAUCUCUCACCCGUUAUUGAGGGGAUCUGUACAGUGCGGGUACACGGUGAAUCCUUGCUCCGUCAGCUUGCUGGCGGGGCAAGCCGGCUACUUCUUCCCAUCCUUGCAUCACACGCAGGCGGUGCAGCAGCAGAACGGACCCGGGAUGGGGAAUCCGGGUGCACCCUCCAGCUCACCUCCACUAGCCACUUCCCUUCUCUCCGAGACCCUCAGGCCGUCCCUUUCCACCUUCCCAUCCGGACUGGCCGCUGGAUUUACCAGCUACCUGUCGCAGCAGAACGCAGGAGCCCCCAACAACGCGUUUUUGCACUGAUCUAGGCCCCUGCCGAGCAAAACAAAAAACGCUAUGCAAAAACCACAGCUGCACCUUGCUUCAACAAGCCCGGGCUGAUACAUUUGCUAGAUUAUUAUUUCUGGUGAUAGCCGAAAAUUGACUUUAAAUUCAUGUUCUGGGGGAAAAAACAAUGAUUGAAAGAAAGAAACUCCAGGCUGUAGUCUCAUCGUGUAAACGUAACAAUAUUAAAGUCGAAGAUACCUUGCACAGCUUCUACUGCGAUCGGCAAAAAAAAGUCUGCCUUUUUCUAAUUUAAAUGGAGAGCAAAAAAAACAUUGCAACCGGUUUGCUUUGUAAUAUAAACUCAGCAAAAAAGGGAAACCGUUAUCUUUAGUCUGAAAUCUGGAUUUCUCUUUAACCAAAGGUAACACUAACGUAUAAUCCAAAAUAUCCGAAACGGUUGGAUGUUGUUUUGUUGUUUUUUUUUCUUUUUUGAGUGAUCCACAAUAUUUAUUAUUUAUUUAAAAAAAUGUACAUAUAUGUAUUCAUAAUUUAAUAUGGUACACAAUAUCUCUCCAGACCAUUUUAGGUUAAUUAUUUUAAGCUAAUUAAUGAUAUUGGAAGUAGUAAGCAAAAUAUAUGGUGACUUUUUUUGUGUUCCUGCCUAAAAUGGUUGCAUCAUUUGCUUCGUUACUCACUAUAAAAGCGCCUUAAUAAACACAGUCAAACAGGGUUUCUGUACAACUUGGGCCGCUGUGCAAAUAUUUAUUUCUUCUUUGCUUUGGUACAAUCUGAAAUUGCCGAAACCAUGUUUGCAUUGCUCAGGGUUCUGCCGCGGGUUUAUUGCAACAGAAAAAAAACAGAUAAAUCAUAUACAUUUCACGUUAUUUGUACAUCGUUUUUUUUUCGUGUGCCUGUAUGUGUGUUGUGUGUGGGUGUAUUGCAAAGUCUCCAACACAAUUGAAAAGUGCUUUGGAUUUGAUGCAAGAAACAAAAUUGCAAAUACAAAACAUUUUCGUGGGUGCGCAGAGCCUCGCACGGCCUUUGAAGAGGUCAAAAUCUGUUGAUUUAUAACGAAUGGCUUAAAACAUAAAUAUUUUUGUUGCAAUGGAGCGUGUCCCUUGACCCGGGUUAGCAUGCUUUCCAGCGGUGGCCUUUGUGAUGAUUUUGUUUAAAGUGUGAAAAUGCAAGGAAUUAAAAUUAGCCCCAACCGGGGAAUGGCGGAAGCCCCGGUCAAAUGGCCAAUAAUAUUCCGCAUAUUUUGUCCAAAGGAUCACGUGUCGACAUGACUACGGUGUUGGCACAAUCUUCAUAUCAAAGGAGAAUUAUUUUAACGAGGUUUGUGGUUUUUCCCUCAGUCAUAAUUGAAAUCAGAGCUCUGGCUAUCGUAAAUAUAUAAAUGCAAGCCAGGGAAUAUUUGGGGGUAAACUUUGGGAAUUGUGAUCGAGGUCCCCACACACUGAAUCUUGGAAAAUGCAUGAGGUGGAAAUGAUCCUACCGCAGUCUCGACCUCCGCUUACUGCCGUUAGAUAUGUGUUUUGUUCUUGUCGCUGGAGGUCUCAGCGGUUUGCUUCGCGGGUCCGAGCGGACUGCCAUGGAGGGCGCCCCGCCGCACCCGCUAACCCACAUUCCCAUCCACGGUGCAUUGAGCCUCGUAAACAUGGGAUGUGAUGGAAAACGUUGUUGACAGGGCAAUCCGAGGGAGAGCAUUCCCGCUUUCAGACUCCCUGCAAUGUCGGUGGCGAGAUUGCAUCACACACAGUCACAUUAAAAUGCAGAUUUACAAUCAGCUUUCAAAACAUUGUUUUAUUGUCUGUCCACGAGAGGGAAAGGGAAUAGACUUGACUUGUUUUUUACCCCCCGUCAUAAUAUGAGCAACUGAGAGUGUUUACUUAUUUAUAGAAAUCUGACUGAAAGCCCGAGGCUCAAUACUGUGUAAUUUUGAGUCAUGUCCUUAAACUAACAGAGUUAGUGUCAACACUAAACGGAGAGCAAUUUUAAAAAACAAGUUUUUUUCCCCCCCAGAAAUCUUUUUUAAUCGUUUUCUUUCAGUCUUCAUUUCAAGUCUCGAUGUGCCUAGUCCAAACCAAAACAUUAAUCCGUCUUUGGACUUUUCCUACACCACUCUGACAAGUUUAAUGCAACACAUACACACGCCAGACUGCCGGGUUAUUUUAAGGGACUAUCGUGUUCUUUUGUCCGCAUCCGUACCAAUUUACCUCGCAUACUUACUACACUAGAUAGAUUUUUUACAUUUGUGGGCUUUAUUUUGAGUAUUUUUAAAAGAUACAGCACUUAGAACAACGCAUUUGGGGUAUUGGUAGAAUUAGAUGAUCAAUUAAAACGUAAGGGGUUGUGUGUGUAAUAACAAAACCUAGGUGUACAGAUUUGCAGUAAUUUUGCAACUUUGAAAUAUUGAAAUAUAAAUUGACAUGUUCAUUACCCAAUAGGAAGAAUUACUUUAAAAAACGACGGUGGAAAUGCAUUUGCUGUCUGUGUCUGUUUUUGGAUGAAUCCUUGCUGUAGGCCAUUGAAUACAUUAACGCGCCUCAUUGUGGGCAUUGCAUAGAGCACUGGCAGCAACA